CAAGAGUUUGUUUUGUUUAUCUCGGACGCGGUGCUGAAGAUUUCAAGAAAUGGUCGAAAAGUGUAUUUAUUAUGUAUUAAAUUUCUGAUAUUUCACUCAGAAUGGUCCGUGUCAAAAAUAGGUAUAUCUUGGUCCAGUUUCUUUGCAACAACCGAUCGGAUACCGAAGCUUUAUCGCUCACCUCAAAUCAUCUGGCAAAUUUCCUCAGGCAGAAGAUUGAAAAAUACUAUGGGGAGUUUGGCAUUGCUAGUUCCGUUCGACUACAUGUAAUAUAUUUCAAUGAGAAAACACGGCUAUGCAUCAUUCAAACUCGUCACGGCCCACACCGCUUUGUUACUAGUAUUUUACCAUUGUUGACUGUGGCUGACACGGAAUCUGUUCGAUACCGAACACUGUAUGUGGGAGCUACUCUUCAGCAAUGUCAAAAAUUUAUUGCUCGAUACCAACAGGAAUAUGUUAAUAAAAGGAUUGGUAGCUGUCACGGUCAAGCGCAAAAAGAUCGUUUUGUUCAGGAGGUUACCAAAAUGAAAGAAAUUUAGACAUUCAAAUUUAUAGUUAGGAAAUAUAUGUCAAAAUGUACAAAAGUUGGAUUUUUUCAAGUAAUAAA